AUGGCGUCUAGUACUACCGGAAGUACGUCUGCUCUUCGCUUCGCGGAUUUGGGUGUGCUGUCAAAACGAAUGCUAGCACCCAUCGAAGGCUAUGAGAAUGAGCCACUUGUAUCACUCGAAGAUGCAGUAAAACCACUUGUUGACAUCGUACCAAGAGUUCAACGUAACGUGCGCAUUGUCAAGCAGAACUGUGAGGAACCAGAAGAUGGCUUAACAAGUGAUGAAUCUGCUUCUAUUAUGCUAUAUACCUAUGAAUCUAUGCCACACGAACACUCUCUGUACGUUAUUCUCAACGCUGCUUUACGUUCUGAACAAAGACAAAAACUUAUUCCUUGGUUCCUCUAUUUACGACUUGUAUUGACAGCAUUGGCUCGUCUUCCAUCUAAACGUUGUACUGUUAAUCGAGGCGUCAGAGAAGACUUACGGUCACAAUAUCCAAAAGGUAAAACUAUCAUCUGGUGGGGAUUUUCCUCGUGUACCUCAUCAAUCGAAGUACUUGAAUGUGAAAACUUUUUUGGAAAAACUGGCACCAGAACUUUAUUCCAAAUAGAGUGCAAUACGGGCAAAGAUAUUAAAAACCAUUCAUUUAUCCAGAACGAAGAUGAAAUACUUUUAUUACCGGCCAGACAGUUUUCAGUCAAAGGGUGUCUCGAUUCUGGUAAUGGCCUUCAUAUAAUACAACUGGAAGAAACAGAACCAAUCGAUCCUCUUCUUGAACCUGUCUCUGUACCUGCUUCCAAAGCUGUCUCUGUGCCUGCUGCCAAAGCUGUCUCUGUGCCUGCUUCCAAAGCUGUCUCUGUACCUGCUUUCAAAGCUGUCUCUGUAUCUGCUUCCGCAGCUGUUUCAGUACCAGAAUCAUCGGUUCAGCCCAAGCCAAAAUCUCCAAGGAGCUCUAAAUCAACAGUUCAAAAGCCAUCUGCAGAAUCAAAAACAACAACCACUGUAUUGUCAAAACCACCGACACAUAGAAAUCAAGAACUUGAACAAAUGAUCGAUCAGAACAAAGAAAAAGCCUAUCUGCGCUUUUAUGGUAAAAAUUUAACGGAUGAUGACAUGGAUAUCAUGGCUUAUUAUCUUUUACGAAAUAAUACUACGCUCACAGAACUCAAUCUCUCCACCAAUCAACUCGGAGAUAAAGGUGCACAAGCUGCUGCUAAAGCCUUACAAAAGAACACAACACUCACAAAACUCUACCUCAAUCAAAAUCAAAUUGGAGAUGAAGGUGCACAAGUUCUUGGUGAAGCCUUACAAAACAACACAACACUCACUAUACUCAUGCUCGGCAACAAUCAAAUUGGAGAUAAAGGUGCACAAGCUCUUGGUGAAGUCUUACAAAAGAACGCAACACUCAUACAACUCUGGCUCUCCUACAAUCAAGUCGGAGAGAAAGGUGCACAAGCGCUUGGUGAAGUCUUGCAAAACAACACAGCACUCACAGGACUCUUCCUCUCCAGCAAUCAGAUCGGAAAUAAAGGUGCAGAAGUUCUUGGUGAAGCCUUACAAAAGAACUCAACACUCACAAAUCUCCACCUCGCCCACAAUCAAAUCGGAGAUAAAGGUGCACAAGUUCUUGGUGAAGUCUUACAAAAGAGCACAACACUCAUAGAACUCGGGCUCAUCUACAAUCAAAUCGGAGAUAAAGGUGCACAAGUUCUUGGUGAAGCCUUACAAAACAACACAACACUCACUAUACUCAUGCUCGGCAACAAUCAAAUUGGAGAUAAAGGUGCACAAGCUCUUGGUGAAGUCUUACAAAAGAACGCAACACUCAUGCGUCUCCAUCUCUGCAACAAUAAAAUCGGAGAUAAAGGUGCACAAGCUCUUGGUGAAGCCCUACAAAAUAACUCAAAAAUAUGGGGUCAUGAAAAUAUUGCAGCUGGAGCAAAUCUUGGUGAUCUGCAUUUUGAUAAUCAUCGUGUUAUUCUUUGUGAUUUUACAAUUUAUGGCAGCAAUCCAGAAGGCACGGAAAUUCAUGCUCUUGAUUAUCAAUUAAAAUAUAAUCUUCCCGAUGAUCUCGAAAGUGAAUCAUUAGUUGUUAAUGGUCAAUUAUCAGUUAUAUCUGUCAAUGAUGAAUCACUUAUUCAACAUAUUGAUCCACAAGUGCAAACUUUACAGGCAAUUCAACUUGCUGGAGAAAUGGAUGAUCGAAUUGUUGAAUUGAUUAAAAAACGUCGAAGAGAUCAUGCUAUUACAUUACUUACUGAACAAGUCAAUGUUCUUAAGCAAGUGGAACAUUUAAAUGAUGAUAAAGGUAUGAUUGCAAUGUUAAUUCGAAUGGAAAAAAACUUACACAAAAAGAUUAAAGGCUCAAACAAUGAGUGCGAAAGCUGCUGCUCGAAAAUGUGGUCAUCAUGA